GUCUGAAACACUGACGCGGCUUCACGCGCUCCCUCGCCGUGAGGACGCAGCGCGUCGCUCCUUCGGUCUCCGUGUGGAGGUCUGAACCCAGAGUUGACGGGAGGUAAUCCCCACCAUGUGAGUGGGCGGUGCGGGUACAGGAGGCGUGUUUUUGUUGUGUUUUUCCCUUGCCUUUUCUGUCAUUAUUCACCAGCUCUUCUACCUAUAUAAACAGCGCCUAGGUGCGUCAGAUGGGUUCCUCCGAUGCGUUGAGGUGACUAGUUGCGCGCCGGUCCAGUCGCGUCUCGCCGGCAGGGAAGGAGCGAUGAUGCAGGAGUCCGGCUGCGUCCAAAUGGUCCGAGCCCUGAAGCAAGCAGCCCUGUGUCUGGUGCUGCUGCCUCGCUUCCUGCUGACCGCUGUCAUCCUCUGGCUCCUGGAUUUCUUGUGCAUUAGGAGGAAAGUGUUGGGCGAGCAGCAGGAGGCGCAGAGCCCGGACGACCCUCCGGUGUGCGUCUCCGACUCGAACAGGAUGUUCACGAUGGAGUCCCUGCGGGCCGUGUGGUACGGACAGAAACUGGACUUCCUCAAAUCCGCCCACCUCGGAUACGCCGCGCCGAACACCGAGGUGGUCCUGGUCCAGGAGCGCAGGCGGGUCCGGAUCCUGGACUGCAUGAGAGGGAAGCGACCGCUGGUUCUCAACUUUGGCAGCUGCUCCUGACCGCCGUUCAUGACGCGCCUGGCUGCGUUCCAGCGCGUCGUCAGCCAGUACGCGGACAUCGCGGACUUUUUAGUUGUGUAUAUCGAGGAGGCGCAUCCGUCGGACGGCUGGGUGAGCUCGGACGCGCCGUACCAGAUCCUCAAGCACCGCUGCCUGGAGGACAGACUGAGCGCGGCUCAGCUGAUGCUGACCCAAGCGCCCGGAAGCAACGUGGUGGUGGACAACAUGGAGAACUCGUCCAACGCCGCCUACGGAGCGUACUUUGAGAGACUUUACAUCGUGCGGGACGAGAGAGUGGUCUACCAGGGGGGCCGGGGGCCGGAGGGCUACCGGAUCUCUGAGCUUAGAAAGUGGCUGGAGCAGUACAGGAAUGAUCUGAUCAAAGCCCAAACCAUGGUGCUCCACGUAUAACCCCGCUCCACUAGAGUCCCACUCAGAUGCUGCUACCCACGGUCAUGUUCCGUGGGACCCUAAUACCAAGACUCUGACUUAACCCGAGCUCCUAGCAAAUAUUCCCCUCGUUGUUUUUUUACUCGGAAAAGUCUUGAAUCAGCUAGUGAUGACUAUUUUUAUACUGACAUGUGUGAGCGAGUGUAUAUGUCUGAAGGCUUGCAGAUGCUGUAGAGGGGGGCUGACACCCAAUUGACCACCAGGCCUACUAAGGCCAAUAGUAUUAACCGCAUUACAAAGCGAAAAAUGACAGUUCAACAGUGACUGAAAAGAAAAAUAACAUCCAUUUUGUCUUCUAAUCUUGUUACAUUUUGUGAUGUCUCUGGAAAAAAAAAAACUAGCUGGUCCCACAGCCUUUCGUGAGUUUACGGCGCGAGCUAAUAUCUGACUCCGGUGUUAUUGUGAAGUUCGGUUUUUAAACGGUGAAACCAGAAAUCCGACACUGAUGUUUCCGACACCAGGAGUUUGUCCGUAUUAGCCUGCUUGCUCUGUUGCUGAGAUGAUGUGAUGGAACUAAUGUUAUUUUGAAUAAAUACUGAUGACUGCAA